GGGCAAGGUGGUGUGCAGCAGCCUGGAGCUCGCGCAGGUCCUGCCUCCAGACACGCUGCCCAACCGCACGGUCACCCUGAUUCUGAGCAACAAUAAAAUAUCUGAGCUGAAGAAUGGCUCGUUUUCCGGAUUAAGUCUCCUUGAAAGACUGGACCUCCGGAACAAUCUGAUAAGCAGUAUAGAUCCAGGUGCCUUUUGGGGACUGUCAUCACUAAAAAGAUUGGACCUGACAAACAAUCGGAUAGGAUGUCUAAAUGCAGACAUAUUUCGAGGACUUACCAAUCUGGUUCGGCUGAAUCUUUCAGGGAAUUUGUUUUCUUCACUUUCUCAAGGAACUUUUGAUUAUCUUGGCUCAUUACGAUCCUUAGAAUUUCAGACAGAGUAUCUUUUGUGUGACUGCAACAUAUUGUGGAUGCAUCGCUGGGUAAAGGAGAGGAACAUCACUGUUCGGGACACCAGGUGUGUUUAUCCUAAGUCACUGCAGGCCCAGCCAGUCACAGGAGUGAAGCAGGAGCUAUUGACAUGCGAUCCGCCCCUUGAACUACCCUCAUUUUAUAUGACUCCAUCACAUCGGCAAGUUGUAUUUGAAGGAGACAGCCUUCCCUUCCAGUGCAUGGCUUCAUACAUUGACCAGGACAUGCAAGUGCUGUGGUAUCAGGACGGGCGAAUAGUUGAAACUGAUGAAUCCCAAGGCAUCUUUGUUGAAAAGAACAUGAUUCACAACUGCUCCUUGAUUGCAAGUGCCCUAACCAUUUCUAAUAUUCAGGCUGGAUCUACUGGAAAUUGGGGCUGUCAUGUCCAGAGCAAACGCGGGAACAACACAAGAACUGUCGAUAUUGUGGUCUUAGAAAGCUCCGCACAGUACUGUCCUCCGGAGAGGGUGGUGAAUAAUAAAGGUGAUUUCAGAUGGCCCAGGACGUUGGCGGGCAUUACCGCGUAUCUGCAGUGUACCCGGAACACCCACGGCAGUGGCAUCUAUCCUGGAAACCCUCAGGAUGAGAGAAAGGCCUGGCGCCGAUGUGACAGAGGUGGCUUUUGGGCAGAUGAUGAUUAUUCUCGCUGCCAGUAUGCAAAUGACGUCACUAGAGUCCUUUAUAUGUUUAAUCAGAUGCCCCUCAAUCUUACAAAUGCUGUGGCAACAGCUCGGCAGUUGCUGGCUUACACCGUGGAAGCAGCCAACUUUUCUGACAAGAUGGAUGUUAUCUUUGUGGCUGAAAUGAUAGAAAAAUUUGGAAGAUUUACGAAAGAAGAAAAAUCAAAAGAGCUAGGGGACGUGAUGGUUGACAUUGCAAGCAACAUCAUGUUGGCUGAUGAGCGGGUCCUGUGGCUGGCGCAGAGGGAAGCGAGAGCCUGCAGUCGGAUUGUUCAGUGUCUACAGCGCAUCGCUACCUACCGGCUCGCCAGUGGGGCUCAUGUUUAUUCAACAUAUUCACCCAAUAUUGCUCUGGAGGCUUACGUCAUCAAGGCCGCUGGCUUCACCGGGAUGACCUGCACCGUGUUCCAGAAGGUGGCAGCUUCCGACCGCACAGGACUUUCUGAUUAUGGGAGGCGGGAUCCAGAUGGGAACCUAGACAAGCAGCUGAGCUUCAAGUGCAACGUUUCAAAUACGUUUUCAAGUCUGGCACUAAAGAAUACUAUUGUGGAGGCUUCCAUUCAGCUUCCUCCUUCCCUUUUCUCACCAAAGCAAAAAAGAGAGGCUAGAUCACCCGAUGACUCUCUCUACAAGCUUCAACUCAUUGCAUUCCGUAAUGGGAAGCUCUUUCCAGCCACUGGAAAUUCGACCAACUUGGCUGACGAUGGGAAGCGGCGCACAGUGGUCACCCCUGUGAUUCUCACCAAGAUAGAUGGUGUGAAUGUAGAUACCCACCACGUUCCUGUUAAUGUGACACUGCGUCGCAUCGCACAUGGAGCAGAUGCCAUUGCAGCCCAGUGGGAUUUUGAUUUGCUGAAUGGACAAGGAGGCUGGAAGUCAGAUGGGUGCCGUAUACUCUACUCAGAUGAAAAUAUCACUACAAUUCAGUGCUACUCCCUCAGUAACUACGCAGUUUUAAUGGACUUGACAGGAUCCGAGCUGUACACCCAGGCAGCCAGUCUCUUGCAUCCUGUGGUUUACACCACUGCCAUCAUCCUCCUCUUGUGUCUCUUGGCCGUCAUGGUCAGCUACGUGCACCAUCAUAGUUUGAUCAGGAUCAGCCUCAAGAGCUGGCACAUGCUCGUGAACUUGUGCUUUCAUAUCUUUCUGACCUGUGUGGUCUUCGUGGGAGGAAUAACCCAAACCAGAAAUGCCAGCGUCUGCCAAGCAGUCGGGAUAGUUCUCCACUACUCCACCCUUGCCACAGUCCUGUGGGUGGGAGUGACCGCUCGAAAUAUCUACAAACAAGUCACCAAGAAAGCUAAGAGGUGCCAGGAUCCUGAUGAGCCGCCCCCUCCACCAAGACCGAUGCUCAGGUUCUACCUGAUCGGUGGUGGGAUUCCCAUCAUAGUUUGUGGCAUAACAGCAGCAGCCAACAUCAGGAAUUACGGCAGUCGGCCAAGUGCACCCUAUUGCUGGAUGGCGUGGGAACCCUCCUUGGGAGCCUUCUACGGACCUGCCAGCUUCAUCACUUUUGUAAACUGUAUGUACUUUCUAAGCAUAUUUAUUCAGUUGAAAAGACACCCUGAGCGCAAAUAUGAGCUUAAGGAGCCCCCAGAGGAGCAGCAGAGAUUGGCAGCCAAUGAAAAUGGGGAAAUAAACCAUCAGGAUUCAAUGUCUUUGUCUCUGAUUUCUACGUCAGCCUUGGAAAACGAGCACACUUUUCAUUCUCAGCUUUUGGGGGCGAGCCUUACUUUGCUCUUGUAUGUCGCUCUGUGGAUGUUCGGGGCCCUGGCGGUCUCUUUGUAUUAUCCUCUGGACUUGGUUUUUAGCUUCUUCUUUGGAGCCACGUGUUUAAGCUUAAGUGCCUUCAUCAUGGUUCACCACUGUGUGAAUCGGGAGGAUGUCAGACUUGCAUGGAUCAUGACGUGCUGCCCAGGACGGAGCUCGUAUUCAGUGCAAGUCAAUGUCCAGCCCCCCAACUCCAGUGGGACAAACGGAGAGGCACCCAAGUGCACCAAUAGCAGCGCAGAGUCCUCAUGCACAAACAAAAGCGCGUCAAGCUUCAAGAAUUCCUCCCAGGGCUGCAAGUUAACGAACUUGCAGGCUGCUGCAGCACAGUGCCAUGCCAAUUCUUUACCUUUGAACUCUACACCUCAGCUUGAUAAUAGUCUCACAGAACAUUCAAUGGACAAUGAUAUCAAAAUGCACGUGGCGCCUCUAGACGUGCAGUUUCGGACAAAUGUGCACUCCAGCCGCCAUCAUAAAAACCGGAGUAAAGGACACCGGGCAAGCCGACUCACGGUCCUGAGAGAGUAUGCCUAUGAUGUCCCAACCAGUGUGGAGGGAAGCGUGCAGAACGGCUUGCCUAAAAGUCGGCCGGGCAACAACGAAGGACAUUCGAGAAGUCGGAGAGCUUAUUUAGCCUACAGAGAGAGACAGUACAACCCACCCCAACAAGACAGUAGUGAUGCUUGUAGCACACUUCCCAAAAGUAGCCGGAAUUUUGAAAAGCCUGUUUCCACUAGCAGUAAAAAAGAUGCAUUAAGGAAGUCAACUGUAGUUGAACUUGAAAGUCAGCAGAAGUCUUAUGGCCUCAACUUGGCCAUUCAGAAUGGACCAGUUAAAAGCAGUGGGCAGGAAGGCCCCCUGCUAGGUACGGAUGGCACUGGCAAUGUUAGGACUGGAUUAUGGAAACACGAAACUACUGUGUAGCUUUGCUGGGCUUUCCUAGGCAGAAACCAAUAUAAACUGUGAUAUUCACAUUCCUUUAAGCUAUGAACGUUUGAAAUAAACCGUUUACAGCCACGUUAGGGAUUCAAAACAUUUUGAAUAAACUUCUAAGUUUUGAAUUUUACUUACUUUGUAUCCCCAAAUUCUUGCCCUUUUUUUUUUUUUUUUUUAGGAAUUAAAAAAAAACAACCUUUGAAGCAUCGUUUUAUUUUGUCAAAAAGUCCCAGCAGAACAUUUUGGGAAUCUGAAAUGUAAUUUCUUUGAAUCUGUAAUACCUACUUAAACACAUUUCAGGCUUGUAUUUAAUAAAAUAAAUAGGUGUUUGUCAUUA